AUGAGAUCUACCACCUUCCUCGUAGGCGCUCUGGCCUUCCUGAUCACUGCGCCACUGUUCGCCGCAAGCAACCCGACUGUGAGCAAGAAAAGCAUUGAGGCCCUCGAGAUCUUGAAAAAGCGCCAGGGCUGUGGCGACAACUGCACGGCGGCAGUGGUAAAAGCUGUCGGCAUUGGCGGAGAAAUCUACGAAUGGAGUAUCCACAGAUUCUGGACGGAAGGCGUCACUACCGGUCCGAUCAGCACAAUCAGCAUCGAUGCUAUCUUGACGCCGGAAGAGGACGUCACAUGCGCGUUCUCCAGCCCUACCGUGCACGACUUUUGGACUGUCAAUGGUGAUGUUGCGUCUAAGUCGUUGGAAGAGUAUGGGUUUCCGCAGCUUGCAUACAUCCAGUGUUCCAUUCCAGACGACCCGCUGCCAUGCCCAGAGUACCCCUGCUGCGAUGGCGUUUGCGACUGA